AUGUCCGCAACCCGAGUGAGGCGAAAAGAGGGACGGCCGACCACCCCUUCUUCCCCGGUCCAGAUCCCGACAAGACCGAAGUCUCGAGAUGCGUCGAACCCGCAAAAAACGCACCGCGCACACGGGAAUAGAAGAAAUCACUCGAUGCCGCGCCAUCCAAGAGACGUGCACUCUCGCGAUGCCAUCCCGCCUUCGGUGGCGGCGCUACUGGCAGUUACCAAUAUUCCGCCUCCCAAAGCGGCCCGGAGCUUGCGGCAAACCAAGUUGGAAAAGAGGAUGACGGUCGAGUCCAUUAUUGAAAGGGCACAAGAGUCUGAGAAGGAGCUCAGCCUGAAGUUGAGCAAGCGUCCCAUGGAUAUCCUCCUGAUGGCACCCGAGGACCUAGAGGCCGAUGAUGCAUCUAUCUGCGACAGCAUCCCGGAGUCUGUCCUCUCGUCGCGGACCGUCUCGAUGGAUUCCAUGCCGUCCUUGAGCAACUCAGUCGCAACCGACCCACUUUCGUCCUUAGACACGCCGCAGACGCCGCCCAGGAGGCGAAAGGUUCAGCCCACUCGACGCUCUCUUGAACCCGUCUCCUCGCCGCCUGGCGAACCCGAGAGUCACCCUCUAUCUCCCGAGAGCGAGGUCGCAGAGCUAGAUUUUAGAGUUUUCGCCAGAGAGGAAGUCUCGGACAAAAAGACGUCGCGGUUGCCUUUCAAGCCGCUCAAAUCGGCGUUUAAGUCGAACCUGACGGCUUCGUUAAGGGCCUUGCGCCAGGCAGCACGCUCCUUCUCUAACCUAAACUUUUCUUCUAUCCCGCCAGAGGACUUCCUCACGAGGUCCAUCCUAACGAUUGACCCACAGGUUCCAUACACAGAUGAGCGCAGACCGCCUCCUCUCCAGGAGGAACCAACGGCUGCCCUCCGGCGCUAUCUGAACCCCACGACAACAGCACGUCUCGAGAAGCCUCAGCAGGCGACAUCAGGUCCGGCGCUACGAACGUUUACUGCCUCGAUUCAAAUGCAGACGUACAAGGUUCACAGGGCACGCAGUGUGUCCCACACUUCGGGCCGUUCACCCUACCCUUCGGUGGCCGUGGGACCCUCUUCGACAUCACCAUCAUCGCAGCCGCCGCAGUCGAAACCGGUGGUUCCGGAGCACCCGCUGCCUGGGCCACGGCAGCGCGAAAUGCGCGAGAACUCGGACUUCAUCCGUAUCGCCGUCAUGGAGAUGGCCAUGCGGAAGAGCGGCAAACUCGAUGAUCAGAGACCGGGCAGGGCUCGCUGGGCACUCCCACCCAGGAAACAGAGCACGAGACCAUAUGAAAUCAGACCUGAUGGCGUUCCCGCAAGAUGGGUCGCUGUCACGAUCUGA